AUGGCUGCGCCCGAGGUCCACCACCUGUUCCAUAACCCAAUCGCAGACCACUCGUUCUCGAGCGACCACAAGACCCUAGCUAUUGCCCGCGACACCACCGUCGAGCUCUAUAGCAAGGUUGGCAAUGCCUUUAAGCUCAAGGACGAGCUCAAGGGCCACGACAAGACAGUGACCAGCAUCGAUAUUGCCCCCAACUCUGGCCGCAUCGUAUCUUGUUCGCAAGACCGCAAUGCCAUCGUCUGGGAACCCACCCCCGAGGGUUACAAGCCGACGCUCGUCCUGCUGCGUAUCAACCGUGCCGCCACCUUCGUCCGCUGGUCGCCGUCCGAGACCAAGUUCGCCGUCGGUUCCGGAGACCGCCUCAUCGCAGUCUGCUACUUUGAGGAGGAGAACGACUGGUGGGUGUCAAAGCACCUGAAAAAGCCCAUCCGCAGCACCGUCACCACCCUCGCCUGGCACCCCAACUCGGUCCUCCUUGCCGCCGGCUCGACCGACGCCCACGCCCGCGUCUUCUCGAGCUUCAUCAAGGGCGUCGACGCCCGACCCGAGCCCACCGCCUGGGGCGAGAGGCUCCCCUUCAACACCGUCUGCGGCGAGUACAUGAACAACUCGGCCGGGUGGAUCCACUCUGUCGCCUUCUCCCCCAGCGGGGAUGCCCUCGCCUUUGCUGCCCAUGACAGCAGCAUCACGGUUGUCUACCCGAGCGCCCCCGAGCAGCCGCCCAGGGCCGUCAUCAGCAUCAACACCCAGCUGCUGCCGUUCAUGAGCCUGAUCUGGAACGGCGAGGCUGAGAUCAUUGCUGCCGGCCACGACUGUGAGGCUUUCCGUUUCCAUGGCGGUCUCGAGGGCUGGCAACUCAGCGGCGCGGUCGCAGGCAAAGGCGGUGCGGGUGCAGGCGACCAGCGCGAGGAGUCGGCUUUGAACAUGUUUCGGCAGAUGGACCUGAAGGGCAAGGUCAAAGACGACACGCAGCUGAAGACCACCCACCAGAACACCAUCACGAUGAUUCGGCCGUACGAAGCGUCCGGAGAUUCCGUGCGGAAGUUCAGCUCGAGCGGUGUCGAUGGGCGCAUUGUCAUCUGGAACGUGUAG